AUGUCCUUGUGAAUGUUAUAGCUUUAGCUUACAAUUUCAAGUUUAUGUGAACACUCCUUUAUUUUACAAAAACCGAAGCCGAAAGGCACGUUCACAAUAAUGUACUAAUGUGUAGCGAGUGGUGCUAUGAUGCUUUCUAUGUUAAUUUCGUGAUUAAUAACAAUUAAUACAUUAUUUUCAUGUGAAAGCAUUCUAAUAACGGAUAUUUUGGUCAUAUUCUAUAAAAUAUUCAAAUAUUAGAGGCACAAUUAAAUAAGUGAUAAUGCCUCGAAGUAGACGAGCAGCUAGCAAGGAGGCCCUAAAAAAUUUACAACUUCUUUCUUCAUCUGCGUAUGCCGAUGAUGAAGAUGAUCCUGAUACAUACACGGUACCUUCUGAUGACGAUGUAAUUCCAGUUGAAGAAAUGCCUCCAAAGAAAAAAUACCGUCUAAGCUAUAGAAAAUCGUCAGCAGAUCGUGAUGUUAUUGUCUUAAAAACUGUCCGAUAUGGUGAGGAAACAUUGCAGUUGGAUGCAUGGCCUGAAGAACUCACUUCAGCUCAGCUUGAGUUGCACAACAGAACACAAAAAGAAAUAAACGACAUGAGCAUGCAUCUUGAUCAAAUUACAAAGCAGUUGGGAGCAGAGGUCAUUUAUCAAGGGGAACAGACAACUGUGUUUCAACUAGGAAGCAAUCCACCAGGUCUAGUUUAUCCUGCUAAAGCUGGAUCGCAAAAUGUUGUCUUGCAAUCGACAAAAGGAAAUAAUCCCAACUCUUAUCAGUUGGUGAUGGACGCCCGUUUGGGUCUGGUUGUUGGUACAAUUGUUCCCACCACCAAUGUUCCCACCAGUCAAGUACAGGCAGCGCCACAAACUCAAAAGUCCACUAUAUCUUCUCCUACCUCCACGAGGCAAACGCGAAGCAGACGUGGUAAACUUGCAGCACCACCUCCCUCGCCUGUGGUCCAGAAAACCACUCCACCAAAAUCAACAACUGUUCAAAAACAGGGCAGCACAAAGCAAUCCCAACAACAGUCACCAGUGGUAAUGCAAACAAGACCAGCGGAGACGACAGCAGUUGGGGGAUUGAGUGCUGGUGGAGGGUUUGGUAGAAGUUCCGCCACUAGUGGUGUUGUCGACUUGACGUCAGAUGAUGGCCGGCCGGCGGCUGAUUCGCGCGAAAUUUCAUUCAAUAAAUUACAAGGCAAGACUUUUCCUUCUCUCGUGGUCGUAGCUAGACCCCAUUUACGAGUUAAAGAGACUGGUAACGCAGACAGAUCGAAACUGGACGCCAAAGUCAAAACAGUACUCAUGCAUGUUCACACAAAGUUUACUGAAUGGUUGAUACAACAAGGCCUUGUUCGGUCUGAGCAGAGUUGUAGCGUACAUCCAAACUCAAAAUUAAAGUUGGGCAUGUACAGUGAUGUAUCUAAGUUUCCGUAUUCUGGAGGCUACGUUUGGAUAUCUGAAUGCUGUCCUCAGAGGUUCGUAUCGGUAUUUAGUGGAUCGUUAUUUGAAGGAUCUCCUCAUCCACCUAGUGUAAUUUUGAAACUUAUAUACCAUUGGGCAUGUCAAACUAAUGUUCAAAAUGUCGUUCAGUGGGUGAAGGUGGACAAUUUGUACGUAAAGGGAAUGUACACGUGUUUGAGAGCGGUUUGUACCGUAGCAUUACACACGCAUUUGGUACCAUUAGGCGGUCCAGGAAAACGAGUUGAAGUGGGUGUUAUCUCAUUGGGUACCACAUCACAAGAUGGCCAGCAACGUCAAGUAAAAGUGGAGGUGUUGGGUCUACUUGAACCUGAACAAAAACUGAUUCGACUGUGGUCUGUUGAACCGUUAGCAGAGGGUGAUCGUAAUUAUAAAAAACGUUUCUCUAAAAUCCUGGCACCCCUGGUGCAGUGGGUACAUCCUGAAAGUGUAAUUGUAACAGAUCUAACGGUAGAUAAGAGCACAUUGCACCAGAUGGGUUUUGCACAUGUACAACAGUCUACGUCGUCCGAUUUAGGUGCAUCAAAUCAUGCAAUCAUGGAGUAUCUGAGAAGGAUCGUACCUAGGAUGUUCCAGAAUACAUUGUCUCUCUUAUCAAGACAAAUAAUUCAACAAUUUUUGGACGAAUUGGUGUGGAGAGAAUGGUUUGGACCGACACCAUCUCAAGCUUUUGAUAGCCUCGUCAUGCACUUAUCCGAACAAACUCGUGCCGAUACAGGACAAGCUCUUAUCAUAAGAUUAAAUAAGGUUGCUGUAAAUCCGUUUAAGAACUGGAGCAUCGUAAAUACUUUAGUGUCAAGUGCGCCUGCAAAAACGGUCGAACCAGCACCAACACCGAUUUCGACAGCGAAACGUUCUCGACAAAGAGGCCGCCAACAGCCUACAUCUCCAGCUCCUACUACCGCCACUGUCACACCGGUUGUGCCAAAAUUGAUCACUUCAGCAGUUACUUCACCGUCUGUUAUCACUAACGCGUCUGAACCUAAUAAACCUCCACGUACCCUGUCCCCAGACGUACCAGAGCAACUGGUACCGCUCGAGAAUUAUUAUUACGGGACAAUGAACGGUAAUAACAGUGAGGCCAAGGGCACAUGGUUAGUGAAAUGUUCGAUGUGUCGUUCAUACUUCGGCAACAACCUAAAACUAAUGAGCCAUCUAUUUUCCCACGCGCAUAGCGUCGUCGGUAACGUGCAACAGUGUCGUUAUUGCUUGUCGAGCGUCGCUACGCAAGAAGGGCUCACUAAACACAUAUUAACGUCACAUCCAUACGAGACCAAGUUCGGCGAAGGUUACGUAUGUCUUAUAUGUGAACAACGAUUCGCCAAUUCGUUCGCUCUCGGCAAACACAUGUCGAAAGAACACGUGCCCGCUGAAUUGCCUUAUCAAUGCGGUACGUGCGGUUUCCGUUCAUCUUGUCAUCGUACUGCUAUCGAUCACUUUUAUUCAUAUCAUGAAAAUGGAUCUACUAUCCAGUGCCCAUUCUGUUUGAAAUCGACAACUGUAUGGUCAGGCGGUCGCGUACUACCCCAAAACCUCAACUACUUCAUGCAGCAUUUGCAGAAACACCAAAAAAAAGCUUUGGCGAAAAAAUGCAACAAAUGCGCGCUGUGGUUCAUACAGAAGGAGACGCUCAAAGAUCAUCAGUUGAAGAUGCACUCAUCUUUGCGUCGCAAACCUGGUCUCGUGCCGGUUACGUCGUCACGAAACGCUCUUAUGGUACCUAAGUCAAAACAGGACCGGCAUGCCUGGGAACAAGACGUCGAACUAAAUCUGAGUAAUUUGACAGUAAACGCGCCUAAUGUCCUUCGAUGCAAUGAAUGCAAAAACUUCGUAACAGCUCGGCAACAUUAUAAGACCGCAGAAACGUGUUCUGGUUGCGAAUACACAACGUGUUGUCAGUUUGCAGUGAAAUUACAUAAAGACAUUUGUAAAGAUCUAAAGUCUUCAUUGCCAGUUCACUCGUUACCUUUCACAAUGUACUGCAUAUGUGGUUACAAAAGUGAUGAAGGCAAUAUGCUAGCGAAACAUUUAGCUGAAUGCGAAAGGAAAUCAGCCUACCCAUCAGAGGAAGCUGCAAAAACUGCUGCUGUUACUCACAGUAUGCUCGACGUUUUGGGAUUAAUGAGGAGACCUGAAGAACGAAGUUCAUUAAAAGUGGAUAGCAAGUCGACGGCUGAAGUGAUUGAUUUGGAUGAUGACGACUCGUUGGAAAAUUCCAAAUCUGUUUUAAGGAAAAGAAAAGUGUCGAAAGAAGAAGAAGAAGAAGAAGAGACAAAAGAGAGUAUAAACGAAAAUGAUUCCACAAAAAAUGAAGAAGAGAAUAACGAAGUGGCCAACGAUCAACCAAUGGAAGUUGACUCAGAAAAUACAUCCCAAAGGAAAGAAACUGGUAACGAUUCCGAAGAAAUGUCAAAACAGGAGGAUAAGAUUGAUAAAGAUUCAGAAGAAGCAUUGGCUGAGAACACUAAAGAUAUUCGAAAUGAAUCAACAGAAAACCUCGUAGAAGAAAAAAUAUCUGAAGAAGUUGAUGAAACUGUUGAAAGUGAACUCACCAAAAACAGUAGUAAAACGUCGAUUGACGAAAAGCCCAUGGACGUAGAUGAAGAGAAAAAUUCUCAUGAUAAAGAAGAAACAGGUGAAGCAUUGAUGGAAACAGUUGAAGCAAAUGCAAAAAGCGACGAAAAGAACACAGAUGAAGAGGAAGAUAAAACCUCGAAACCUGACAAUAGUGAAGAGUCUGGAGAAACGGAACAAGAUCAGGGAGAAGGAGAACAGACAAUAACCAGUAGUAAUCAAGAGAUCGACAAUGACCCAAAGGUGGCUGAAAAUGAUCAGUAGGUAAAGUAACGUCAAUGCAAGAGAAGAUAUUAUUAUGAACUAAAAAAAUGGAAAUAAUUAUUAUUGGUGCAUAAACCACAAAGUUUGGAAAAUGUUUAGUAUAUUUUUUUUCUUUUAAGUAGUACCUACAUUAGAUUAUGAAGUAAUUCAUCAUUGCAAUUGUAAUUUGUUAUGUGGUUAAUGACUGUACAUAAUACAUAUAUAUAUAUAUA